AUGAUCCCCCAGCUCCUCUUUGCCCUCUUGUUGUUCAGCGUCGGUGUUCAAGCUCAACCACCUCAAGAUGAUUCGACUGUAUAUGGUACCUUUGUAGGAUGCGCAACUACCAGCUUCAUACCAUCCGAUGGGGUAUUUACGGGAGAUGCAUUCACUCAAGCUGAAGAUUGGGCCUUAAAUUGCUAUUACAAUCCAGAUGGAGAGUACAUGUGGGCAUACUUCGUGUAUGGAACGGGUCAAUGCCUGUGCAGUAAUACCUAUUAUCCAAGUAAUCAACUUGCCGUGAUGCUAGAGCAAUACGUCAAUACUUUAAGAUGUGCAGAUGACGAUUAUACUGGAAUAGUAUCGGAUCCUGAAGUCUGUUUACACAAUUGUCAAGACUACAGCUAUGCAAGUACGCAAUUACAAGGUGAUGCAGAAGGAGCCAGUAUGAAUUGUUGGUGUGGUUCUCAAACUACUUAUUUGGGAGCCAACGGAUAUGAAGUACCAUGUGAUUACAAUACAUAUGUAAUCUUUCAACAUCCUGUUGGGACCGUUGUCAACUCGGUGUACGCCAAGAGACAGUUGAAAGAGAGAUUGAUCAGAAUCAAGAAUAGGAAAAGAGCUUUGUGUCCUGGUAAAAUGAGGGCGUGUAAAGUACAGGGAGUAUCGGAUUCGUUUGAGUGUAUCGAUACUACCCAAGAACUCGAAUCCUGUGGGGGUUGCUCAGUCGGUGAAUUUAACGUACACAACACCACGUUGGGGAUUGACUGCACGGCGUUGCCUGGUGUACCGAGAGGAGCAAUCACUUGUUCGAACUCAAAAUGUUCGGCAUUUGCAUGUAAGAAAGGCUGGACUUUGGCUACAGAUGGUACCUGUGUGAGAUCUUGA